GAGUGGGAAAUAGGAAUCAUAAAUAUCAAAUAAAACAACUCACUUUUAAGUUAUAAAGCACCUUUCCUUUACUUAUACAUUUCUGUUUUAUUUGUAUAGUAAAACAAAAAACAAAAUGAAUCGAAAUGAUGAUUAUUUUUAUAGCCGAACCAUGUUUUUUGCAGAAUUGUCUCAAAGUAUUGGUAAGUAUAGUUUUGUUGUACCAAACCUAUACAUGUAUUACUUAUUAUUUAAAUUAUUUUAAGUAGAUUUAUUAAAAAGAUGUCUUUACCACGCUACCUUAAAUAUAGUUUAUUUUAUUGAUAGUAUCGAUUGUCUCAACAAACAUACUGAAUAAAAAUAGUUAAAUAAAUAUAAGUCCUUUUUGUCUCUCAAAUGAUAUAGUAUGAUGUUUAUCUGUUUCUUAUUUGUCUUUUGAUGACAAGGAUAGUGUCCUGGACAUAUCGUACCCUGUUGUCUUAAAUAUAUUAUACAUUUUUGUAGUUGGCUUAUUUGCUUCAUUGGCAUAAAAUACCUAUAUUUGUAAUAUUCUUUACUGUUUGUUGACACAUACAACAGUAAUGAACUAAAAAUUGUGAUUUGAUAUGGUGUGAUCAGUCUUAUAGGCCAUUAACUAAACGACUAUGACACAGUGAGCAUGAUUUAAAAGUCUUCAUCCAGUGUGAAAACUGCAAUUAUUUUUUAGAACUAAUUGUCAAUAUCUCGUAGAUAAAAACUGUACUUCAAUUAUUUGUGUUUAUCUUUGCAGGUUCUUAAAAGUUAUUUUAAUUUUAGUUAUAUAAAAUAUAUUAUUAGAUAGUAUAAAUUACUACCUAGAUUGAAGUUAUUUCAUAAUUGGUAGUUUGGUAUAAUUGCUUAGGUCAAAUAAUACAUGGGGUUUGCUCUAUCUGGAUUGUUUGACUCAAAUUCUAGUAUUCUACUACAUAGAACAUUUAAAUCAUCUAUUAUCAUAUUAUAAUUUAUCUAAAAUGUAAAAUUAAUAUUAUAAUUUUUUUUUUUUGUUAUAGAAAGAAAAAAAUUAUCAACAAAUGAUUUAUUUACUAACUUCCUAAAUGAUUUUAAUAACAUUGUCCACCAUAACGGAUUAGUACAAGAAGAAAUGAAUAUUGUUUGCACAUUGUUGUGUACUGUAGAUUUAAGUAAGUGCCAACAUAAAUAUAAUAAUUUUAUAUUUCUGUUAUUACUUUGGAACAAAUUAUUUAUAUUAUUUUAGGACUGAGCAAUUUCAGAAAAAUACUUUUAACACUAGUACCAGAAGAACCAUUUAUUCCUUCUAAUGUUUGUGAGGAACUUAUUAUCUGGGCUUUAUCAGUUUAUUGGCAAAACGAAGAUUAUGAAAUUAAAGCUCAAUACAUAUUAUUUUGGUUACUCUGUAAGUAUGGUAUUUAGUUUUAAAAAUGCCAGAUAAAAAACUUAGUAAUUAUUAUUUAUAAAUUAUAAUACAUAUACACCCAAACAAUGUUAUUAAGGAAAAAAAAAAAUGUAUGUGAGCUUCCAUAACUAAAGAUUGAUUUUCAAUUAGCAUACUAAAUUUAUAUACAGGUAUCCCACGAAAAUAUACCCAUUCUGAUAUCUUCUGAGAUAAUAAAGAUAAUUAGUUUCUGUUUAUAUAUAUAUAUAUAUAUAUAUAUUACUUAUAGAGAUAAGGAUUAAAAAUAUUUAUAAUUGAAUUUAUUUAUUUAUAUUAUGUUAGGCAAUGAUACAAUAGAAUAUAUAGUAUGGUUAUAUUCAAGUUAGCAUGAAAUAAAAAUUAUAUUAACUUAAAACAAUGACAAAAAAUAUCCAAAAAUUCAAUAAAAUAUAAAAUUAUAAAAAUAGGUACUUUCUCAGUAACUUCUUUGUAGCUUUGGUAGUUUUAAAUCUAUCCAAAUUGUUACAUGUCUUUCGAUCAGUGAAUGGCCAUAUUUACAGCAUUCUUAUUUAUUUCCGUGAGGUUCUUUUCAUUAGAUGAUUAGACAUAUUUUGUAGCAUUUCAAUAGAUGGUCUAUUAUUUGUUCUUCACCACAGCCAUAUAGAUCUGAUGAUUCUCUUAGGGAAUCUCACUUUUUUAAGUUGGCUUUGCAUCACCAAUUUCUUUCCGUAGUCGAUUUAGGUUUCUCCAUAACACCCAUCUAUUUUCGUUUCCUGGUACAAGGUUUUCUGUGGUCAUUAUCCAUGUUGUUUCGUUUCUUAUUUUUCCUCUUUAUCUUUCAAUUCUCUUGUCCUUUGAAUUUCUAAUGUACUUUAUCCUUUUCAUAUAACUAUUUCUAGAUUUGAUUCCAGUAGAGCCAUAUCAGAUAGGGUGUACAAUUUUUUUACUGGUCCAUUUUUUAAACAGCCAGUGACAGCGUGUCUCAUUCAGGACUGUGUCUAUCUUUUUUGUGUGUGUAGAUCUGAACUCAACGCAACCAUUUACAAACUUCUGGUUGGGUUUUGCAGCUUAUCUUAAUGUUAUUUAUGUAUUAUAUUCUAUUGCAAAAUAAAGAUAUAUUAUUAUUAUUAGAUCUACCCCUCACUGGCUUGCGAAAUCUGCGGUUGAGAAACAUAGUGUUAAAGCUGUAACUCUACGUGCAUGUGGUUCCAUACCCCUGGAGAUCCGAUGAGCUUCCACAAUAGCCAAUUUUAGAGAGUGUGCUUGAUAAUUCCUUCUUUUUUUUUUUUAUUAAGAAGUCUAGCCAGAUUAAAGAAAAAGUAUUUCCUCAAAUUUCAAGUAGAUAAAUAAACCUACGAGAAAAUACCUAAAAUAUUUAACUAUACAUCGAGUAUUUACCCAUGGCACAUCAGCACACUAAUCCCUCGCUAGAUUCCAUACAUUCCAAAUCUAAAACAGGAUCUGAUUAUCUUUAUUAUUUCAAUUUUAUUAUUGCAAUGGGAGUAGCUAAGAUUGCAUGUACUUAUUGUUGUAUACAUCUACAAUGUAUAAGUAUAGUUAAAAAUAUAGUUAAUACUGUUAGUAGUAUAUAAUGUGUUAUAUAUAGUUAUUUAGAAUUUCAAUAGUGUUUUUUGCCAUUUUAAUUGAUGGCUUAUUUCCUUUGUGGUUUAUUAUAAUACUAACUGGUAUUGAAAUAUUUGUUUUUGGUUUACAUAUUUUGUGUAGACAUAAUUGAAGAAAAAUUAACUGAUUUGGAUGUUAUUGAUAAAUAUUAUAAAAUUAUCUUUCAUCUUGGGAAUUAUGGAAGAUUAGUAAGUUAAUAUUUUUGUCUUUUUAAUAUUAAAAAAAAAGUUUUUAAUUCUUAUUUAUGUUUAUAAUGAUUUUGCAAUAGACUCAACCUGUUGCUGGUAUUAUUUAUUACUUGACAAAACCUGAUGAUGUACAAAAGUGGAUGAUUACUUACUGUACAAAUCACAUUGAACAAUUUAAAUCAGAUCAGUAUAUGGACAAAUUAUUAAAGUAAUUAGUAAAUAAUUUUUGUAGAUUUUUAUGUUAAUAAUAAUUAUAUAUUUGUAUUAUUGUCUAGUUUCUUAAAAAAUCCUGAUACAGUUUAUGAGCCACGCAAAAAGGGAUUAUAUGAUAAAAAUGCACAAUUUUUUAGAGACCUAGCAGCUAGUUUGCGUAGUGUACGAAAAGAAUUAACAAAUAUAAAUCAAUCUGCUCAAUCUCAACAAUUAAUAGAAUAUGUAAAUGUCUUAAUAUAAUUUGUUUCAUUAAAAACAUUUGUUUAAAAAUAUAUUUCUUUUAUAAGGGUAAAAAACGCUCAUGUGAAACUUACAGUAAAAUACAAUUUGUUAAUGUUAAUAAGAAAUUUGAUUUGCCAAGGUAAAAUGUUUAAUAUUUAUAAUAUUAAUUUUAACUAAUGCUCUAUAGUUUAAACUGCUUUAAAUAUUUACUUGUAUUAUAAUAAUUAAUUAAAAUUAAAAUUAUUAUUAUUUAUAUUACUCAUAUUUGUAGCGCUCCAGAUUUAGCCAAGGCAUUUAUGAGGCAUGAUAUUUCUAACAACAGUUUGUCACUUUUGGGAAAUGUUAGUGGUUGGUGUAAAUUGCUCAUGAACACAGACAAAGAAUUAAAUCUACAACAUAGAUUUUCAAAUAAUUUACACUACAGCCUCAACCAAAGUAUUUGAAUUAUAUAAUCAUGAAUAAAUAUUCAAUUUAUUUAUAUUAAUACAAAUUUUAUGGUAGAUAUGUUUUAAUUUUAAAUGUUUGUAAGUUUUUUUAAGCGGUGAAAUUACUGUGCCACCUUCAAAAAAAUCAAAAUUUUUACUAGAAAUUUUGGAGUUUCAAAAAUUUGCUCAAAGAGGUUUGGCAGUUAUCAAUAUAUUUAUAUUUGAAUACAUACUUUCAUGGGAUGGUAUGGAUAAUGCUCGGAUAAUUUAUGAACUUUUUGAAUAUUUAUCAUUCUCUUCAGAAGAAGGUUGUAUGCUCAAAUAAUAUUUGUAGAUUAUUUACUAAUUUUAAUUUUUUUACCUAGAAUUAAAAAACAGAUUUUUAGAAAAAUUAUAUGCAAUAUUUAUUACUGGAGAUGAAUUAAUUUACAGAAUGGUAAUUAAUUCCUUAACUAACCUUCUGUGUAAUAUGGUAAGUUAAAUAAUGAUUUGAUUAUUUGUAUUUAUAUACAUUUUUUAAUAAAUACAUAAAUUAUAUAUAGUAAAUAAAUAUAUAAAAAUAUGUAUAUAUUUAUUUAUAACUAUUAACCAUUUUAAUAAUUUUGUUUUUACUUUAUUAUUUUAUUACAUAAAUUAAAUAUUUAUUCAUAAUUAGUUUUAUACUAUUUACUUCAGUAAAUACAUCAAUACAUCAAUUAACAAUCAUACUGAAAUAAUAUAUUUUGUUUAGUAUUUAAAUGCAAGAAUAAACAGAACUGACAAAAAUUGUAUACUAUUUGGUGAAAAAUUAAGAAAUGAAACAUUAUUUGAAAUAGUAAAAUGUUUAACAAAAUAUAUAUCAUAUUGGUGUUCAUUAUGUAUUUAUCAUUAUCCACACGAAGAACAGCUUAAAAAUGUAGUUUACACAUUUUAUGAAAAAGUGAGUUAUAUUAAAUAAUAUAUUGAUUAUUGAUAUUGUUUUUUUUUUUUUUUUAAUAAAUAUUUAUUUGGAUAGUUUUAUUUAAACUAGAAAAACCCCUAAAUUAUAGAAAAUUAUAUUCUAAUAUUUUAAAAUUAAAAAUGUAUAUAUAUAACCCUUGAUUUUGUAAUACAUUUUUAAAAAUAAAUAAAAAAUUAUAUGGCUGUAUAUUAACAAUAUGUUUAAAUAUUUCAGGUUUCUGUUUUAGAAAAUUUGAAACCCUACACAAACAAUUGGCCUUUAUGGACAAUAAUGCCACCAAAUGUUUUCUAUAAUGGAUUAAUGUCAGUUAAUAUUCAUUGGUUAGACAGAUUAGCCAAAUUAAUGCUAAGGUAAACAAUAAUAAUUUUAAAAAUUCGUCAUUUUUUUCAACUGAAAAUUAAAAAAGUAUACUUAAAUAAUGUAAAUUUGUUUAUGAAUUUGUUAGAAUAAGUAACCUGUGUUAUUGUUUAAUUAUGAGAUGCGGUUAAAUAUAUUUUAUUUAGUAUUUUUUUAUUAUUAUUAUUAUUCAUGUUUGGCAUUUCAGUCAACUUAAUGAAUUAAACUUUACUAUUAUUAAAAAUUAUAUUAAACCAUUUAGAAAACAGUUGAUUUAAAUAAUGUAAAUAAGUUAAACAUUUUAUAGGCAUAUCAAUUGUGAUAUGAGUAGAAUUGAGGAAUGUAUAGUAGAUACACCGUGCUUAUUAAAUACAUCAUUAAAGUUUAAUAUGUUCAUGGCAGACUUGUAUAAUGCACUUAAAACCGGAAAAGUAAAAACAUACAUUUUAUGUAAGAAUAGUUUUGUAAAUGUUUAAUAAUAAAUCAUUUUGUUUGUUUAGUUGUUUGAUAAUCGUGAAGAAGGAUUUAUCUUUAAACAUUUGUCCAAAGAAGAAGUUCUAACUGAUUUAAAUUUGGUAAAUUUAAAUUUAUGUUUCAAAUUAGAAAAACAUAUUGCAUUGGCACCAUAUUACAUGAACUUUAAAAAUAAAGCAAAGGUAAAUUUUUAAUUUUAAUAAUAAACAUUAUUCUUUAAUUUACAGUUACUCAUGCAACAUAUUCUAUGACUAAUGAUGUACUAAAUGACACAUUGUUUACUACCUCCAUCGUUGAAACCUAUUUUGUAUUCUGUUUAAACUUUGUUGUUAAUCACUGGGUGGGAUUAAAUAUGUGUAGGUAUGUGGAUGAUAUUUAUCUGAAAUGGUUUUUAUGCAUACCACUUAUGAAUCUGCUACGUACCAUUAAUAACCAAAAACAGAACUAUUCAAAAUGUCCAUACAUUUAUUUCAAAAUAAUAAAGCAGUACAAUACUAAAAUAAAAAGUCAAUUAUAUUUGACUCUUUGCCAAAAAGAGUGAACAAAACUCAGUUUUAAAUAUUAUGACUUUUUCAUGUAAUUGUUUUUAUCAACUCUCAACUCACAAUUUUUUUUUUUAUUAAAACCUAUUUGUAAUUGUUAGCUAGUAAAAAUACUUACUGUAAAUUAUUAAUUAAGAAAUUUAAAGAGUAUUUUUAUUGAUUUUAUAAUUUGUAAUUAUGUAUUUAUUUUAUUAAGUUAGAAAAAAAAUUUUAAUUUAAAAAUGGAUAGUUAGCAUUUGUUUAAUUUUGCUUUACGGAAUAUUUUUUAAAGGUAAGUUACAACAGUUUUUGUUGUGGAAAUUGGUAUAUACUAUACAUGGUGCCCACAAAGAUAUACCCAUUUUAUUACAAUAUUGUAUAGUAGUGUAUAUUAUCAUAUCUAUUGAAGGCUAUUAGGCUUAAGCGCCCCAAAAUUAAAUUUUUCAGAAGAGUCCAAACAUUAAUGAUGGUACUAAUUCUAAAUGUACUUACCAUAAUUUCAGAUUCUGAGCAUAGCAAGGAAUGUUCUAUUGCAAAGGUUCCCAAACAUUUAAUUUCGCGUACUACUUAAAUGUAUUAUGAAUCUAUCAUGUACCACUUGAAACUAAAAAUUGAACAAUUCAUAAUGUUUUUACAUUUAUUUCAAAAUUAUAAGAUAAUAAGACAGUAAAAUACUCGUAUAUAAUAUCAAUAUAAAAUAUAUUAUUCAUUAAAAAACAUUUCUACAUUUGAAUAUUGAUUAAUUUAUUUUCUGUACUGUUACUGUGGGGCCUUGUAUGCACCACCAUGUUUCCUACCACAUACCAUAGUUUGAGUUUGAUUAACAAUUUUGUUCUACUGUGAAGAGUUUAUUAAAAAAUGUUUAAAUUAAAAAAAAUUACUUCAACACCAAAAAAGUAAAUUCUAUCAUUUAUGUCAAUACCAGAGUCUAAUUUAUGUGGCAUAAUGUCAUACUCAAAAAUGACAAAAGUGUGUUUUGAAGAAAUGAUCACUUACGCUUAAUAGCUUUCUAAAAGUCAAUAUUAUUUUAUAUAAUAUAUGUAUAGAUCAUUAUACUUAAUAGGAAUUCCACUCAAUAGAUUGAAACAAUAGUAAUAAAAUACGAUAAGCAGACUUGAGUUAGAGUCUUAUAUAAUAGAUAUGUAUAGAUCACAGUUAGAUAAUAAAGUUAAUAUCAUUAAUAACUUAAUUCUUUUUGGUUUUGCUGUUUUUUAUUGUCAGUUCUAUGGAAUUUGCUUUGUUAUUGAGAGUCACUUUGUUUUGAUGUAUAAUUUAUUUAUCAUUAUUCAUAAUAAUUUUACUAAGGUAAUUUUCCAAACUUAAUUAAAUUUACUUUUAUUACUGAUAUUGAUACAAUGAUUCAACAUUUUGUACAUUAAGUAUGACUUUUUCUAACACAAUAUUAAAUAUUAAUGGUGAUAGUGUCACCUUGUUUCAGCUUUUCAUUCUUAUAGUCUGUCAUUACUUGAUAUUUUUCAGAAAGUGUGUUGUUGACUCUUACAUUGUAAUUUUCAUUAUUAAUAUACAAUUUUGGUAGAAAGAUGAACUUGAGAAUCCAAAUGUAUACAUACAAUGGUAUUCACUAUACACUCAUCUGCAAAGGGCUGUAAUCUUGCUAUUAAUCCCUUUGAAAAUAACAGUGAAAUCCCUCCAGGGUUGUUACAAUAUAACUUGUCCCCAUUUUCUGCUGUUGUGAAAUGACUAUGGUCCUAUUUUAUUCAAGUAGUUCUUUAUCUUUUCAUAUCUUAUGUUCAAAUAAACAUUAGUAUUUUCAAAUGUUAACUGUUUGAUUAUUGUUUAUAUAAAGUAUUAUUUUGUAAAUAAAAUAACAUUUCAAAUAAUAAUUUAUUUUUCUUCUAAUUUUUAGGAUCCAUCAGAAAUACUUGCAGAAGAAGCUCCAAACUUAAAGAACCUCAUUAAUGUAUUACAUGAAAAUUUGGUGGAUGGUGAUGAAUCAAUGUCUGACUAACACAAUCAUGUCUAUGUAUAUUAUACAUUAUUCUAUAAUUGUAUUAAUUCAUAUUUUAAUUUCCAAGCUUUUAUGAGCAAACUUUUCUACAUCUUCUACUUUAAAUGUUACUUUUUUUUAGAAACUCCGAGUAUUGAAGGAAUACUUAACUUUUAAAAUAUUUUUGAUCUAAAACAUUUAAAAUUACACCCUAAGUGAAAACACGAUUAAAUAUUUUUGAAGUUUUAGAAUUCAUAAAAUUGUUUUUUGUAAACACGCUUUUAUCACUUUCUAUAUAUUAUAUAUGUCAAAUAGAAAUAAAUUUAAAGACAAAAAAAUUGUGUUUGACCUUUUCCUUUGUCGUUGGAUCUAUGAUAACAAAAUAAUUGGCAAAUAACUACCACACAGGACAUUAAAGCCCAAAUAAUAAUAAAAGAAAUUGAUUCUAAGGAUUUGUGUGUUGGUGUUGAAGGUGUGAAAUUAAAAAUGUUGAAUACAUACAGCUAUUUAAUUUAUCAAUUGUUAACAAAAAACCAUUCUGAAAGAAGUUCCGCUAAACAUGUUUUAAGAUGCUGUAAUUUAUAUUAUUUCCAUUAUAAU